GGCGGCCCCCUAACCAUGAUGUUUCGCGACCAGGUCGGGGUGCUGGCGGGCUGGUUUAAGGGCUGGAACGAGUGCGAGCAGACUGUUGCGCUGCUGUCGCUGCUCAAGCGCGUGAGCCAGACCCAGGCCCGCUUCCUCCAGCUCUGCCUGGAGCACUCGCUGGCCGACUGCGCCGAGCUGCACGUCCUGGAAGGAGAGGCCAACAGCCCGGGAAUCAUUAACCAAUGGCAACAGGAAUCCAAGGAUAAAGUGAUUUCCCUUCUGUUAACUCACCUGCCUUUGCUGAAGCCGGGAAACCUCGACGCAAAAGUAGAGUAUAUGAAACUGCUGCCCAAGAUCCUGGCGCACUCUAUCGAACACAACCAGCACAUUGAGGAGAGCAGGCAGCUGCUGUCCUACGCUUUGAUCCACCCGGCCACUUCCCUGGAAGACCGAAGUGCUCUAGCCAUGUGGCUGAAUCAUUUGGAGGACCGUACAUCGACCAGCUUUGGUAGCCAGAACCGAGGCCGCUCGGACUCUGUGGAUUAUGGACAGACGCACUACUAUCACCAAAGACAGAACUCAGAGGACAAGCUCAAUGGAUGGCAGAACUCUCGGGAUUCUGGGAUUUGCAUCAACGCCUCCAGCUGGCAGGACAAAAGCCUGGGGUGUGAGAAUGGCCACGUGCCCCUCUACUCUUCCUCAUCUGUCCCCACCACAAUCAACACGAUUGGAACCAGCACAAGUACGAUUCUCUCAGGCCAGGCACACCACAGCCCUUUGAAACGAUCUGUAUCCCUUACCCCACCCAUGAAUGUGCCAAACCAGCCUCUAGGACAUGGAUGGAUGUCUCAUGAGGACUUACGAGCUAGAGGACCCCAGUGCCUCCCAUCCGAUCAUGCCCCCCUGUCUCCACAAAGCAGUGUAGCCUCUUCAGGAAGUGGUGGGAGUGAACACUUAGAAGAUCAGACCACUGCUCGUAACACAUUCCAAGAAGAAGGUAGUGGUAUGAAAGAUGUUCCAGCUUGGUUAAAAAGCCUCCGCCUGCACAAAUACGCUGCGCUGUUCUCACAGAUGACCUACGAGGAGAUGAUGGCCCUCACCGAGUGUCAGCUGGAGGCUCAGAAUGUUACCAAAGGUGCAAGACACAAAAUUGUCAUCAGUAUUCAGAAGCUCAAAGAAAGACAAAAUCUCCUGAAGUCUUUGGAAAGGGACAUCAUCGAAGGGGGCAGCCUGCGCACCCCCCUCCAGGAGCUGCAUCAGAUGAUCCUGACGCCCAUCAAGGCCUACAGCUCUCCCAGUACCACUCCUGAGGCGCGCCGCCAUGAGCCUUCCCUGAUGGGCCCGGAGAACCCCGGCACCGACUGCAAAGAGAGCGCCACGGUGGCCAACAGCGUCACAGCCAGCGCCUCCGCCGGCGCCAGCGGUGGCCUGCAACCACCCCAGCUGAGCAGCUGCGAUGGGGAGCUGGCCGUUGCCCCUCUGCCGGAGGGGGACCUCCCCGGGCAGUUCACACGCGUCAUGGGGAAAGUGUGCACACAGCUCUUGGUCUCCAGACCUGACGAGGAAAAUAUAAGUUCCUAUCUCCAGCUCUUAGACAAGUGCCUCGUUCAUGAGGCAUUUACAGAGACACAGAAAAAAAGACUGUUGUCAUGGAAACAGCAGGUGCAGAAGCUCUUUCGGUCUUUCCCUCGGAAAACCCUUCUAGACAUAUCAGGAUAUCGACAGCAAAGAAAUCGUGGCUUUGGGCAGUCCAACUCCCUCCCGACAGCCAGCUCUGUGGGCGGCGGCAUGGGCAGACGGAACCCACGACAGUACCAGAUUGCCUCUCGGAAUGUCCCUUCUGCUCGCCUUGGUCUCUUGGGCACCAGUGGAUUCGUCAGCUCUAACCAGCGCCACACCGCUGCCAACCCCACCAUCAUGAAACAAGGAAGACAGAACCUCUGGUUUGCCAACCCCGGGGGCAGUAACAGCAUGCCCAGCCGUACCCACAGCUCCGUCCAGAAGACCCGCUCGCUGCCCGUGCAUACUUCCCCACAAAACAUGCUGAUGUUCCAGCAACCAGAAUUCCAGCUUCCUGUGACUGAACCUGACAUCAACAACAGGCUGGAGUCCCUGUGCCUCAGUAUGACGGAGCAUGCCCUGGGAGAUGGGGUUGACCGGACCUCCACAAUCUAGAAACUGAAGAUAAGAGUGACCGCGCUGGCCGUGAAAUCGACUGCUGCGGGCCCGGUGUCAGCCAUCUUCAGGGUUGCAUAGAAUCUUCCAAGACACUUUGCAGCCUUUUCCCCCUGGUCCCUCGCCCAUUUUGAUUUUGUGAGAGCGUAGGUCAUCCUUGUAAACAUAUCAGUAGACCUGG